GAGCCCCUAAAUUUAUUGCAAACUUUCUCUGUUUCUUUCAUUCAAACAAGGCGUCUUCUUCUUCUCAUUUCACCUGCACGUAAUUGGUUUUUCCCAUUGAGAAGAAGCUCUGCUCUUUCAGCUAACCGCUUGAAUUGAGAGGAAAUGGAGGUUUACACUGUUAAGGUUGGGGAAGCCGAGCCAGCGCAAGGUGAGAGGCCGUCGGCUGGACCUGUUUAUCGAUGCAUUUAUGCAAAGGAUGGGUUAAUGGAGGUGCCGGAAGGGUUUGAAUCGCCUUGGGACUUGUUCAGAAAAUCAGUGAAACGGAAUCCUCAAAAUCGCAUGCUUGGUCACCGCGAAAUUAUCGUGGAGAAGGUGGGUGGAUACGUUUGGCAAACAUAUGAGGAUGUGUACAAUAAAUCAAUCCUACUUGGUUCUGCUAUCAGGGCAUGCGGCGCAGUUCCGGGAAGUUGUGGCAUCUAUGGUGCAAAUUGUCCAGAAUGGAUUAUCACAAUGGAAGCUUGCAACAGCCAGGGUUUCUGUUAUGUUCCUUUAUAUGAUACCCUUGGUGCCCAUGCAAUCGAGUUUAUUAUCAACCAUGCUGAAGUGUCAAUAGCUUUUGUGCAACAGAACAAGAUUCAAUCUAUGUUAUCAUGCCUAUCAAAUUGCACAAAAUAUCUACGGACACUAGUCAGCUUCGGGAAGGUUACAGGCCAAGAAAAAAUGGAAGCUGAACAAGUUGGGGUCUCAUGUUACUCAUGGGAUGAGUUUAUUUCCAUGGGGAGUGAAACUUAUGAAUUUCCUCAAAAGGGGAAAAGUGAUAUCUGCACGAUAAUGUACACAAGUGGAACAACUGGAGAUCCAAAAGGUGUUCUCUUAUCAAAUGAGGCCAUCAUGGCAGCAAUUUUUACCAUUGAACAUCUUCUUUUGGAAACUGAUAAAGUUGUAACCGAACUGGAUACCUAUUUUUCUUUUCUCCCUCUAGCCCACAUAUUUGAUCAGAUAAUUGAGACCUACUUCAUAUUCAAGGGUGGAUCAAUCGGAUUUUGGCGAGGGGACAUUCGGUAUUUAAUGGAAGAUAUUCAAGAGUUACAGCCAACAAUAUUUUGUGGGGUUCCCCGGGUUUUUGACCGCAUAUAUACAGGCAUAACUACAAAGAUUUCGAUGGGAGGGCCUUUAAGAAAGAAGUUGUUUGAAUAUGCUUAUGAAUACAAGCUGAACAAUAUGAAGAAGGGUUUGAAACAAGACAAAGCUGCUCCUUUCUUUGAUAAACUUGUUUUCAAUAAAAUUAGACAAGGACUUGGGGGACGAGUGCGCAUGAUGCUAUCCGGAGCGGCACCACUGCCUAAGCACAUUGAGGAGUUUCUAAGAGUUUCUAGUUGUAGCGUACUAUUACAAGGAUAUGGUCUGACUGAAAGUUGUGCCGGGUGUCUUACAUCCGUAGCCAAUGAGUUUUCUAUGUCGGGAACUGUUGGGAUUCCUGUUACAACCAUUGAGGCAAGGCUUGAAGCUGUUCCUGACAUGGGUUACGAUGCACUUUCUGAUACACCACGUGGUGAGAUUUGCUUGAGGGGGAAAACCUUGUUUUCAGGUUACCAUAAGCGACCUGACCUAACUGAUGAGGUUCUCAAAGACGGUUGGUUCCAUACAGGUGACAUUGGUGAGUGGCUGCCCAGUGGUGCAAUGAAGAUUAUUGACAGGAAAAAGAAUAUUUUUAAAUUGUCCCAAGGAGAAUAUAUUGCAGUGGAGAACCUUGAAAGUGUCUACAGCCGCUCUUCUCUUGUCGCAUCGAUAUGGGUUUAUGGGAAUAGCUUUGAGUCAUUUCUUGUGGCAGUGGUUGUUCCUGAUGACAUAGCUCUUGAGAAAUGGGCAAGCACUUGUGGCAUAGCUGGAGAUUUUAAAUCCCUUUGCAAGAAUCCAAAGGCAAAUAAAUACAUUCUUGAUGAGCUCAACAACAUAGGACGGCAUAAUAAUCUCAGAGGUUUCGAAAUAUUAAAAGCAGUUCAUCUUGACCCGAAUCCUUUUGACAUAGGGAGGGAUUUGAUAACCCCCACUUUCAAACUGAAGAGACCCCAGCUUCUUAAAUUCUACAAGGAUUUCAUUGAUGAACUAUACAGAAGAGCGAAAGGGGCCAAAGCAUGAAGAGGCUGAAUUCACAGUCAAUUAAGGUGUACGGGUUCAGUAAGCAUACAAUUGGUUUUGAGAGGCAGAUAUAAUUAAUUUUACCUAUAGUUAUAUGUUGAUAUCAAAUGCAUGGAUCUGUCAUCAAUGGAGAGGUUUCCCCUUUUAAGCUUUAGUUUGAAAUUGAAAUCCAGUACCCAAGUACCUGAUGUAAAAAAGUAUGAAAUAAUUUUGGUGAAAAUAAACAUUUUCUUUUGCAAGUACAUAUGAAAACACUCCUUUAUCACUC